AAUGCGGUCUUGAAAUAGCACAGCUUGAAAAUAUUUUUGACAAAGACGAAGACGAUGAAUUCGAUGAAUUCGAUGAAUUAUGGCAAGGCGAAGCAAAGAUAUUUAUUGAUUUUUUUCACGAUGAUAAGAUUGGGACGACUUCUAUUAAAUUUAAAGAUCCAGAAUUUCAAUUAAAUAGUGGUGCAAAAAUAUCAAAUAACUUAAUAGUCAAUUAUAAUAAGGAUGACCAACCAGUAAUUUAUGAUAUACAUAGGUAUCUAAAAGAAGUAAAAAAAGAAGAUUGGAAGUCAAAAGAAUUAUGCAAUGAUUCCCCGAAAAACAUUGAACCAUGGUUACUUAAUGAAAAAGCUAGAUCUGCAUUAUAUUCGUUAUAUCUUAAUGAACCAAAAAAACAACUGCUUUUAAUUGGAAAUCAUACAAUUCAAGUUUGGUACAAUUAUGAUUUAGAAAAAGAAAAAUCGCUUGAAUUCAUUUAUGUACCUAUAUCUCAUUCAUCAUCUCACCGUAAUAUCUCAACUGAUAUGAAGGUUCUGUUUGUUUAUGAAUAUUUGUCACAGAUUAAUGUAAACAAGUUGUAUAUUGAGGAUAAAAUCGGAAAAUUCAAAAUGGAAAUCACUAAACGUAACACUUCAAAAUUUGAAAUAUUUGACAAAACGAAAGCACUUGAUGAUGCUGAUUCAAAUGAAACUGUAGAAAUUAAAAUGGAAGAUGAAAAUGAUCUUAUGAGUGUAGCAAAAUAUGCUUGUUGCGCACUUAAAUAUUUUUCUGUUUAUAAAAAAUUUGAACAUCUUUUUCUUAAUGAUGUUGAAAAAAAAAAAUUCGAUAAUAUCAUUGAACAAACACGAAAAAUAAUUUGGAGAUUUAUUAAAUUGCAUCCGACUACCUGGCGGUUGUUAGAUAUUCACUAUGAUUUAAUGAGUAUUCUUAUUGAUGCAAAAGAAUAUGACCUUGUAAAUGGAAUUUUAUCUUUUAGUGAAUUGGUUCAUAUACCUCAUUCUUUUAAUACGAUCCGUAAUGCUCUUUCAGAUCAUACCAUGUUAAAACUUUUGUUAGAAUACUAUUCUAAUAAUGCAAUUAAUAAUAUUGGAUGGAUGAAUACAGUUGUAGAUAUCAUACCGGAAUUAUAUAAGGAGGAGGAAAAUGAUAAUAAGAGUAGUAAAGAUGUUGAGGAGAAGAAGUUAUCUAAGAGUUGUAAAGAGAAGAUCGAAAAUAUCGUAUCGAAAUUAUCUAAUAUUUAUAAAGAGACGAUGGAAAAUAUCGUAUCGAAGUUAUUUAAGAGUAGUAAAAAGGAUAUUGAAAAUAUUGUAUCGAAGUUAUUUAAGAGUCGUAAAGAGAAAACAGAAAAAGAAAGAGAAUAUUAUGCUCAAAAGUUAUUUAGUCACCCGUGCUUUUGGAAGAAAAAAUUGGAUAUAUUCUCUUUUGACUUUCUUGAAAUUUCACCGAAAUUAGAUGGCUUGUUGAAGGUUUUUAUACCUAUAACACAGUUGGUUCCACAAGAUACUGAAUUGGAUCUUCAAGAGAUUGAAGCUGAUAAAAUUAGCUCUGAUAAAAUUGAUGAAAUUCGAAUGGUACCUUUACCAAAUUUUACAACAACGAAAAUGCUACCGGAUGUAUCGGCCAUAAAAAAUAUAAGGGAGAGAAGAAGGAUAUUUCGAAACAUAUUAAUUUUUCCUGCUAUUAGUAGCAAGUAUUACGUCGAAGGGAAUUGCAGUCCCUUUAAUAAAAUAAUAAAAGAUGAUGAUUUCUAUAAUGUUUUAAGUGAAAACCCAUCCAUGAAUGCAGUCAUGAAUUGGAUGUGGUUUAUUCUACUUGGUUAUUCAUAUUACGUUGGACUAGUUGACUCUUCGGAAUCUGAUAAUCCAUUUUCAAGUUUUUUUGGUUCUAUACUUGCAGUAUAUAAUUGGUCUUCAAUUUCAUUUGCUGCAUGGAAUUCUUGGCCACUUACUCUAAUUGGUGUAUUUGGCAGUUUGCUUUUUGUACUUGUAUUACAAAAUGUAAUAAUAACAUUCAUGGGUGAAGCUGUUUCGGAUGCAGUGAAAAGUAGUACAAGUAUAUAUAAAUAUCAAGUUGAUUAUAUUCAUGAUUUUGCUCUUUAUGAAAGAGCCUUAAACGCUAAUGAGAUAGACUUCAGGUUCAAGGAUAAAUUAAGAGCAAAAUACAUUUGUUUUAAAGACGAUCCAUCUAUCACGAAAUCAUUGGAAGAAAAAUUCGAAAAAAUGAAUUCAAAAUCAUCUUCCAAAAAAAUACCUGAAUAUGGAUAUGAAAAUUUGUCAGACGAAAACUGUAAAUUUAUUUGGGAACAGGAAAAGGAGAAGAUUAAGGGAAAGGAUUUUUGGUUUAUUGAAGAUUGA